CACAUGCGCGUUUAUUACGUCACUUCCGGAUAUCGUCUCACAACACAGGUUCAACGUCGCAUCCAGCACCACAACCACAAAAGUCCAUAUCCGUCCGUUAUGUCCAUAACAUUGUAGCCUAUUUAUAUAUGUCCUUCACAUAGCUCCAUGGCUAUCCACAUACGGUCGCUGACCCGUCGCUGGGUCGGACUGUCUACUCUGUGGAAGGAACCAACUUCGACUUACCGAAGGGGUGUUUCACCGUGGAGGAGGUCAUUCACAACGAGACACGGGGGGGUACUACCCACGUGGGGUCAAUCGCGUCCCCUGCACACUGACCUGGGGGACCUGUACGGGAACCCAUCGGUGCAGAUACACUUUGAGCGGUUGAUGGAGGAGCACGCGGUUUUGGCCAAUCAGCUGCAGGAGUCGUGCCUCAGCGACGCAGAGAGGCGGGGCCUCAACAAGAGACAGUUAGACCUGAGGCCCCUUGUUGAGCUGCAUGAGAAGAUCCGAGGGGCCCUCACAGACCUGGAAGACGUGUUGUCUCUGAUGCAUGGCAUGGUGGGUACGACUGAGGAAGACCUUCAGAUGACCCAGCUGUUGAAAGACGAAGAGGUGCAGAUCUCUAACCGGAUCGACGCCUUAAAAAGAGACUUGAUCACAGGGCUCCUGCCAUGUGACCCGCUGGACUCCAGUGAUGUCAUCUUAGAAGUGGUGGCCGGCCGCACCACAGGGGGGGACAUCUGCCAGCAGUUCACCAGAGAGAUGUUUGACCUUUACCAGGGCUACGCCCUAUAUAGGAACUGGGCCUUUGACCUCCUGAACUACACCCAUGCGGAGCACGGGGGUCUCCACCACGCGGUGGUCCAGAUCCGGGGGGACGAGGUCUACCGGCACCUGAAGAACGAGGGGGGCACCCACAGGGUGCAGAGGAUCCCCGAGGUGGGCCUCUCGUCCCGCAUGCAGCGCAUCCACACAGGCACCAUGGCCGUCAUCGUGCUGCCCCAGCCCUUGGAGUUCCAGCUGAGCAUCGACCCCAGGGACCUCCGCGUGGACACCUUCCGCUCUAGCGGCGCCGGCGGCCAGAGCGUCAACACCACGGACAGCGCCGUGCGGAUCGUGCACCUCCCCUCCGGCACGGUGGUGGAAUGCCAGCAGUCGCGCUCCCAGCUGCAGAACCGUGACACGGCCAUGGCCAUGCUGAGGGCCCGCCUGCACCAAAGCAUCAUGGGUAAAGAGACUGAGGAGAGGCACCGCGCACGCAGGAAACAGGUGGGCACGCGCGCCCAGUCGGAGAGGAUCCGGUCCUACAACUUCAGCCAGGACCGGGUCACGGACCACAGGACGGGCCACGUCAGCCGGGACCUCAAGGAGUUCAUGAAGGGAGGCGAGGCGCUGGACGAGCUGGUGCUGGACGUCCUGGAGAACGGGGAGAGAGAGGCGCUGCUGGAGCUGGUGGAGCGAGGGGCGGUGUAGAGCCGCCACUGGGAACACUGGACAGACUGGGAACUACAGCCAAGCAGGCCAGGACUUCCAACUCUGAUCUGAUUGGACCAGGACUACCAAACUCUGAUCUGAUUGGACCUGGACUAGCAAACUCUGAUCUGAUUUGAGCAGGACUACCAACUCUGAUCUGAUUGGACCAGAACUAUCAACUCAGAUCUUAUUGGAGCAGGAAUUCAAACUGAUCUGAUUGGAGCAGGAAUUCAAACUUUGAUCUGAUUGGACCAGACCAGGACUAAAUCUCUGAUCUAAUUGGACCACGACUAACAAACUCUGAUCUGAUGUGACGAGGACUUCAUACUCUGAUCUGAUUGGACCAGGCCAGGACCUCCAACUCUGAUCUGAUUAGAUCAGGAGUUCCAACUCUCAUCUGAUUGGCGAGGACCGGGACUACAAACUCAGAUCUGAUUGGAUCAGACUGGUACUUGAAACAAUGUAUGACCUCAUUCUUGUCAAUGAAUCCGACAUUAUUGUAAGUUACAGAAACUAUUGUGUGUUCAAUCAUCCAGCUCCUUGAAUUAUACUGAAUGAAAAGCAUCAAUGCAAGCUCAGCCCUCGUGUUGAUUUGACUAAAGGAAAUAAUUGGAUUGACUAAAGGAUGUAUGUUAAUACUGUUUAAAACACUACUGUAUAGAAGUUUGGGGUCACCCAGAAAACUCCCUUUUAUUCAACCGUUUUCAGCUGUGACAACAUAAUGGACAAAGGUUUUCUAAUCAUGUAAUAUCCUUUUAACACAAUUAAACAAUGUAGCAUUAGAACACAGGAGUGAUGGUGUCUUGAAAUGGGCCUCUGUACACCUAUGUAGAUAUUCCAUGAAAAAUCUGCCGUUUUAAGCUAGAAUAAUAAUUUACUACAUUAAAAGGAAGACUGUGUUUCUGAUUAAUUAAAUUAUACUCAUUGAGGAAAAAAAAGUGCUUUUCUUUAAAAAACAAGGACAAUUCUAAGUGACCCCAAACUUUUGAACGGUAGAGAAGAGGUACAUAACUCUCAGAAUCCAUAUUCAUGUCUCACUUUGAAAUCUUUACUUGAUUUGCAAAUAGUCUAUUUACUUGAUGGCGAGCGUUGUGCAAAUAACCAGGGCCCAGUUGUUCAAAAAAGUCCCACAUGCGUAAAAGCGCGAGCGCAAUUAAGCACUGUUCCUCCACGGAACAAAAAAUAGCACUGUCCAAUAUUCAAAAAAUGUUAGGAUCAUUUACAGGACAAAGCCCAGGGGCCUCAUGUACUAAGGUUGCGUACGCACAAAAACGUGGCGUACGUCCUUUUCCACGCUCACGUUCAGAUGUACAAAACGUGAAAUGACCGUAAAAAUGUGCGGUCCCCACGCCAGCUCCAGAGCUGUCGUACGCACGUUUCUACAGCUAUUGUUCCUUUGGUGACACUUAGAGGUGACGCUGGGAAACUGGGAAAAAAGGUGAAAACGAUGACUCAUCAGAGUGAUUUGCACAUCAGAGACACACUAAUGAACAAUUAACACAUCUUGCAAUUAUAUGGGUGGCUAUAAAAGCAUGCGCAAUGGAUGAAGAAAAUAGUUUUAAAAAUGGCUGCGUUAGCGUUGUUAGAGGACAUCGCAAAUGGUCAAAUCCGAAGGGCGCUGGAGACGCCGGGGCCGACGGAGCAAUCCGUGCCCUCUCCUUGCUUGUCUAUUCAAAAAUAAAAAAUGUAAGUUAAUAAACACGAGUCAAAGUCUUUAAUAUCAUGGCAUCUUUACGCACGACUUAUGUGUAUUGCAAGCAGCCAAUUGUAUGACCAGUAUAAUUACAGCAUUUAUGACUUCAGCAUAUUUACCUUGGGGAUGAUCGGCGUCCCCUUCAUGGGCUCCCACCACUCCGGGGAGAGCUGUGUCACCGAUCAAAGCGGCCACUCUCAAAUCGAAGGGGGAGAGUUCCCCCACUCCCGUCCCCCCACCUGUUGCGGUCACGCUUCGGCGGUGGGCAGAAACCCUCCGCUUCACCUCCACCUUGAGGUCUGACCACUUUUUUUUAAUUUCAGAGUGUGUGCGCUGCUGAGACCCCACUGCAUUGACGGCCUCGCAAACACACUCCCACUCACUUCUCUUUUGUUUUGCAUUUAUCCCUGUUGACAGGGUUCCAAUAGCAUAUGCUUGCGCAUUUCUACCUCGUGGAGCAAAAUCUCGAGCUCAGACUCCGUGAAGUUUCGUU